AGGGCUGGCAGGGCUGCCCUCAGGCCGUGCCCGGGGCAGCCUGGCGUAGAGAUGCAGACGCGCCUGCUUAGGACGGUAGGCUGGAGCUCGGUGGCCAUCCUGGGGGUGCUGGGGGUGGCCGUCUUCCUCCUGAUCCUGACCCUGGCGAAGGAGGCUGCCCUUCCUCCGAGGAACAAAUACGGUCUGGUGUUUGAUGCUGGCUCCACGCACACAGCUCUCUACAUCUACCAGUGGCCCGCAGACAAGGAGAACGGCACUGGCAUCGUGUCCCAGGUGGACGCCUGCACUGUGCCUGGAGAAGGCAUCUCUAGCUAUGCAGACAACCCUGCUGAGGCUGGAGCCAGCCUGAAGCCGUGCCUGGACAAGGCCAUGAAGAUCAUCCCGGCAGAGCAGCAGCGGGACACCCCCACCUACCUGGGGGCCACAGCGGGCAUGCGGCUGCUGAGGGAGCAGAACAGCACCAAGGCUGAGCAGGUCUUCGCCGAGGUCUCCAAGGCCAUUGGCAAGUACCCUGUGGACUUCCGUGGAGCUCAGAUCCUCACAGGGAACGAGGAGGGCUCCUUCGGCUGGAUCACCAUCAACUACCUGCUGGAGACGCUUGUCAAGCGCUCCUUCUUAGGUGAGUGGACCCACCCACCAGCAGAGGAUGUGGUUGGAGCUCUGGAUCUUGGUGGAGGUUCAACCCAGAUCACUUUCCUUCCUGGGACCACCAUAGAUGACAGCAGCACGAGAUCCCUCCUCAGGCUGUACGGGACCAACUACUCCAUUUACACCCACAGCUAUCUCUGUUAUGGACAAAAGCAAGCUCUGAAGAUGCUGAUGGCAUCCUUGCACCAGGGCAACCCAUCUUCCCAGGAGAUAUCACACCCCUGCUACCCCAUGGGGUACCAGGAGAAUGUCACCACGUCAGACCUCUACAACAGUCCCUGUGUCCGUGCACCGAGCACACCCAGCCCUGCACAGGUCCUCACAGUGAUAGGGACAGGGGACCCAGCAGCAUGCAGCAUCGCCAUCAGGAAACUCUUCAACUUCACCUGUGGGGCCAACAGGACGUGCGGGUUCAACGGGGUUUAUCAGCCGCCUGUGCGGGGACAGUUCUUCGCCUUUUCAGGGCUUUAUCACAACCUUCACUUUCUGAACCUGACUGGAGGGCAGUCCCUGAGCCUGGUCAAUGACACUGUCAGGCAAUUCUGCAUCAUCAAGUGGGAGAAGAUGCAGGAGAUGUUCCCCACUAUGAACAGGACUCACCUCCGUGAUGUCUGUGCAGCAAGCUCCUACAUCGUCACCCUUCUCCUGCAAGGCUACAAAUUCAACCAUGCAACAUGGCUUGAUAUUCACUUUGUCCAGCAGGUUGCCAAUGUAGAUGUGGGCUGGACUCUGGGCUACAUGCUCAAUCUCACCAACAUGAUUCCCUCAGAGACUCCCCAGAGAGUUGUAGGGCUCCAGAGAAGCAACUGGAUAGCAGCUACAGUUUUACUGGCUGUCAUGAUCAUCCUCAUCUUCUGCCUGCUCACAGUCAUAUGCUGCCAGAAAAACUCCAGUUAUGAGAGUCUCUAGCAGUGCCAGCUCCAGAGGCUGCCAAAGACACUUAGUCCUCCUACCUGGCUUGUGUGAGGAAUUACAGACCUGGGAAUCACCCCUAUAUGUCCAGAAGCUGUGAACUUGCAAUGUGGGACACCUGUGUCCUGGCCUUGUGAGCUGGAACCAGCAUAGGCUUUAA